AUGCAUGUCUCCCCCGGACUUGCGGCAGUCCUGGGACUUGCUACUAUUGCUUCCGCAAAGCCCACAAACUACAGCGCGACUAGUGUUGAGAUCAACUGGAUUGGGGAUACUCCAGGCUACUUCCCUGGCGCAAGCUUCGGUGUCCCCUGGUCAGAGGGAGCGCUUUUCCCUAAUUCCACUACCUUCAGUCUUUCGGGAAGUGGCGGAAACAGCUCGCUUCAGUCAUGGAUCACAGGGUACUGGCGUGAUGGGUCAAUCAAAUGGUCUGGACACGCCAUACCUGCGACUGAUUCCGUACCAGACUCAUUUACGAUCAAUGCCUCACCCAAGGGUGUGUCAAAACGAUCAGUCCCUCAGAAAAGAGCGUUGUCGGUGGAAGAAUCUGGUGAUGGGAUCACCGUUGAUACGGGCAAGAUCAGUGUGACAUUCCCCAAGGCGGGGAGUGUCCUCGUCAGCAGCAUCGAAACGGCGGGCGGGAACGUUGUUGGGACCAACGGAAAGCUUGUUCUGUCUUCCCAGUCUGAUCUGGCAAACGACGUUGAGUCAAGAUUCAAUACUUCGGUUAAUUAUUUCAACUUUGAAAGCAAUAUUGAAGAAGUUUCGGUCAGCCAAGAUACAUCUGUGCGAGCCUUGGUUACGACCCGCGGACAAUUUCGCGUGUCAGCCGGAGGGGAACAUGAUGAUUGGCUUCCGUUCGUCGUUCGAUUUUAUCUCUACUCCAACUCGAAUUCUAUUCGAAUUGUGCACAGCAUUGUGUUCAACGGAGAUGGGAAGAAGGAUUUUAUCUCCGGCCUUGGUAUUCGAUUCCAGGUUCCACUGGAAGGAGAAGAGUUGUAUAACAGACAUGUUCGAAUCUCAGGCUCGGAUGGCGGCUUCUUGACCGAGGCUGUUAAGGGUAUCACGGGAUUGCGACGGGAUCCUGGUACCGCCGUGAAGGUGGCACAAUAUGAAGGAAAAUCGACACCGGAUAUCAGUACCUGGGACACCAGGGUAUCAUCGAGAAUGCACUGGAUUCCAGCCUGGAAUGACUACAGCUUGCGACAGCUCACAUCAGAUGGAUUCCAGAUCAAAAAGCGCACAAAGGCAGGUCAGAGCUGGCUUGACGUCUCCACAGGACCACGCUCCGACGGCCUGGCAUAUCUCGGAGGAUCUACCACGGGUGGUCUGGCUGUUGGACUGAGAAAUUUCUGGAAGCAAUUCCCCACUGGUUUGGACAUCUCCAAUGCUGCGACUGACAAUGGCGAGAUUACAUUAUGGCUCUACAGCCCGGAGGCAGGGCCUUUGGAUCUCCGUCCAUACCACGAUGGGUUGGGCCAAGACACGUAUGCUAAGCAACUCGACGCUUUGGAAAUUACCUACGAGGACUACGAGCCGGGUUUCGAUACGCCUACUGGUAUCGCUAAGACUCAUGAGAUCUUUUUGCACGCCUUUGAUGCAACGCCCUCUAGCGACCAUCUUGGUUUGCUGAGCAAGCAUCUUGAUGAACCUCCGGCACUGGUUGCUAAAUCCGACCACAUUCAACAGACAAGAGCGUUGGGAUCAUACUGGUCUGCUCCACACACCUCCAAGUCACAAGCUGCGACGAUUGAGAAGAACCUUGAAUUCAUCAUCGAAUACUACAAAGGCCAAAUCGAGGGUCGAAGAUGGUAUGGAUUCCUCCACUAUGGCGACUUCAUGCAUACAUAUGAUGUAGAAAGGCAUGUGUGGAGAUAUGACAUCGGAGGAUAUGCUUGGGACAAUUCUGAAUUGUCGCCGGACCUCUUCUUCUGGCUAUACUUCUUGAGGACAGGCCGUGCAGAUGUCUACAGAUUUGCAGAAGCCCUGACACGCCACACUGGUGAGGUGGAUGUUUAUCAUACCGGUGACUGGAAGGGUUUGGGUACCAGACAUGGUGUCCUUCACUUCGCCGACAGUGCUAAGCAGGCACGAAUUGCACAACCCCAAUACCGCAAGUACUUUUACUUCCUCACGGGUGGUGAUGAGCGUGUUGGAGAGCUCCUCGAGGAGACCCUGGACGCUGAUAAAACAUACGGGAUCCUGGAUGCCCACCGCAAGGUGCGAACUGAUGGUUGGAAGCCAUCGCCAGGAGAGCCAGUUUCCAUUUCGCUGGGAACCGACUGGGCAGCACUGGCUGCUGGAUGGCUGAUUGAGUGGGAGCGAAGAGGAUCCCGCUGGCAGGAGGCAAAGGAAAAGCUCACCAACACAGCUGCUGGAAUUGCGAAGCUCAAGAAUGGGUUCGUCACUGGAGAGGGGCUUUAUGACAUUGAAAAGAAGUCCAUCUCCUCGCCACCUACCGAUCCUGAUAAUGCAGGCGUAGUCGACAUUUCCCAUCUGUCAGCCGUGUUUGGAGAACCAGAGGUUCUUUCGGAGGCCAUUGAGUACUGGGGAGAUGAGGCUCCCGAGGGCCUUGCCCAAGCCUGGCUUGACUACUGCUACUACUACGGUGCUAGCGGCGUCGAACAGAAGGCGAGGUAUGGCUCCAGCUUCUCGGGCGUGAGCCUUAAGCAGGGCCAUGCUAGACUUUCCGCCUACUACUACCAGCAGACGGGGAACAGCACUUUGGCGGCGCGGACUUGGAAUGAAUUCUUCAACACGGAUGGGCUCAAGGCAGAUAGGGCGUGGGGCGUGACAACCAAGCUGAAUGGCUCUGCGGUUCUGUUGCCGGGAGUGGAAGAGGUUUCGUGGAUCUCAACCAACGACAUCGCGCAGUACGGGCUCUCUGCCAUACAGGGACUCGCGCUCGCAAGUGAGGGCCUUGCUAGCUAG